CCAAAAGCAGCUGAGAGCUAUUCAGUUAAUUCCGUCGCCUCUGCUCAUAAAAAUGAAAGGAAAGUUAUAUGACGUCAAAUUCUUUCGAUCGACAAAUGAGCAACUCGAAAAGUUGGUUCGUGACGUCAUUAUUUCGAAGAAUCCGCACUCUUCUGAUGCUGAUUGGCCAAGCGCCCGAUCAGCAGAAGUUUAUGAACAGCUGAAGGACAUAUCGGAAAUGAAAAGGCGAAACUGGCGCGAGGGAUAGGUGGGGGGUUUUGGCGAGAUUUUGGGCAUUUUAUAUUGAAAAAUGAGACAGUGAUGUCUUGUGGGUUGGGGUAAGAUUCUAGCCUGAAAAUCCAGUUAUUUGGGUUCAGUCGCAUGAAAAAUCGCUGGGCCUAGUGUCUCCCUGGCUGCUUGAAACAGGGCCGCAGGGUGCGCCUCCGCCUCUGAAGAGCCGGUGGUGAGGAUGUUCCCUCCCAUGGUGUCGGCGUCGCCGCCCCCCUCUGACGAUGAACUGUCCGGGGAUGACGGUGACGAGCUGGGAGUCGCCGACUCCUCGUUCGAUAUCACAGGUCUGUCUCAGAAAUUGCCGGUGUGUCAGCCGCCGAACCACAAGCCGCCGGCGCCGGUCUCCAGCCGUACCUACUCCCCGGACCCGGCACGGUCGAGUCCGUCGCCGCCGGCCGUGCACCGUCUGCCCUCGGACGACUGGGGAGAGUUCAGCGGCGCCCCGGCGGGCGCAGACCCCGCCGCGCUGGUCCCAGCACCUCCCGCGGCGCCCCAGCAGUUCUCCGGACCGGAGAGGGACGUGAACGGUGCGGAGGACUCGCCGUCUGAGGUCCGCGCGGCACCUGUGUCGGUGGAUGCGUCCCGAGCGACCGGUGUCAGGCAGGAGCGCAGUAUUUUCUCGGAUAGUGAGAGUGACAGUGAGGAGGCUAACGGACCUCAGCGGGGAGGAGAGGCGAGCCCUGCUCCACCGGCGGCGGCUAGUGAGCGUGUGCAGCCCAGUCAGACCUCCGCAGUUAUUGGGGAUAACGAACCUGCGAGCGAGGCGAAAUUGCACCGGGAAGGAGACAGGACGGCAUCCCCGACGGUGACGCUUCAGAAUGGGACUGACGAGCUUUCCAAAGUGGCAGCGGGUGGCGACUCCGAUAGUGACGAUUUCGGCGAUUUCGGUAGUUUCAGUGCAGCGACUGCGAGUGAAUCGGUGACCGCGGUGAAUGCAGUGACAGUGGUGAACCCAGUGACCGAUCAGUCGGUGUCACUGGACAGUUCCGUGCCUGACCACCGAAGUGACGGUCAGUUUGCCGCGGGCACUCCCCCAUCUCUAAAAUCAAACUCCAGUAACGGCCGAGAGGAAACCUCUAGUACGGCCAUCCGCGUCUCUAAUGCCAAUCCUUCCGCGGCAGAUGUCGGUAGCUUUGCCGUCUCAAAUGGACCAGAUAAUGCUGUGAAUGAUAGUACGGCAGUGGAAGGCAGCUCAGACCGUAUCCCCUCUCCGGAUGAUGGCGUGAAGUCUGAAGAAGCUGCCAGUCCCUCCGAAACCGUGGAUGACCCACACAACGCCAGCCCGGUCCCCGAGACCGCGCCCUCGAGUGAUUCGGCGAGCGCACCGUCUUCCCUCGGCAGCUCGCCCAAACGUGCCAAAUCGCCGGACAAUGUCGAAACGCUCACAAAACUAGAGAAAGCGACCGACGAGAGUGUGCCCGGGGAUGACUUUGGCGAUUUUGCAGCUCCCGCUGAUGAUUUUGGCGAUUUUACUGCGCCGGCUGGUGACUCAUCAGCCCCUUCUGACGAGUUCGGUGAUUUUACCGCUAAAACUUGUGAUGUUUCUGCGCCCGAUGAGAAUUUAGGCGACUUUACCGUCCCAUCUGAUGUCCCCGCGCCGGAUAACGAUUUUGGUGAUUUUACUGCGCCAGCUAAGGACCCAUCCGCCCCCACGAACGAUUUCGGCGAUUUUGCUGCGCCGUCAGGUGACGCCUCAGCACCAACUGACGAUUUCGGUGACUUCGCUGCGCCCUCGGACGACUUUGGCGACUUCGCCGCGCCCUCUGGCGACUUUGUCGAUUUCUCGGGCCCGGCUGCGAGCUCCGGGGCCGGCUGGCCUCCGGACGGGGCGGACGGCGGGGGAGGGUUUGCCGACUUCGGCGCGGUGUUCGCCGCCCCGUCUACUGAGGCACCGCUGGAAGCAGAGGGUCAGCUGGCCGACCCGGCCUCUCUCAGUGACGACGAUUUCGGCGACUUUGAGGACUUCCAGGCACCCGUGCCGCAAGAGCCGGCGCCGAUCACUGACGAGGCGGCGGUGUCGGCGCUGCUGGCGCGCCUGUUCCCGCUCUGUGAGGAGGACCGCGAGCCGGCCUCCAUCCCGCUGGACGCCGGCGGCGUGUGGUACCAGCUGCGGGAGACGGACGCCACGCCGGCUCUCCAGUACCGCUGGCCGGCCGGCCGCAGCUACACGGCACUGCUGCACGCGCUCAGAGUGGACGCCAGCAAUAUCAUCAAUUUCGGCGGCUGGGGCGGCCGGCCGAGCCGGUUCGGCCAGCCGCUGGGGUCCGACUCGAUCCUGCAGCCGGUGAGGGCGGUGCUGGAGCCGACGCCGGCAGCGCCGCCGGCACCGCCCUCCCAGCCACCGGCCCAGCAGCAGCAGCAGCAGUCGGUGCAGCAGGAGCAGCAGCCGCAGCAGCCGUCACCGCCGGCCGGCGGCGAGGUUCCACCGGCUGCGUUUGACUGGAACAGCGCCGGCCUGAAGAACCCGCUGGACUCGACAGGUCUGGAGCGGGAGCUGCUCUCGGCCGAAGAGCCGCCGGCGCCCCGCUCCGCCGCCGCCGACUCCGUGCUUAGUCGACUGAUGGCUCAGACGGCCGAGAGGCCGCUGUCAGAGGCGGCCAGCCAGGUGGUGGCGCGCAUCCCCGACAUCGACUUCAUGCAGGCCAAGGUGCUCAUGUUUCCGGUCCGGGGUGCGGACGAGUGAUGUGCAGUCCGUGAGUGGGUGCGGUCUACCCUCAGAGUGUGAUAUGUGAUCGUGGGGUGGUUGUUGGGUGGGUUUGGGACGCUGGGGUGGCUGGGGAUAACGUGCUGUGGGAUGGGAAGGCAGCCCGCCGGGCGUAGUCAUGUUUUAUGUUAUGCCAUACAUAUCCCCUAUUCGGCUACAUUCCUGUGUUGGCGGGUACGUGUGGCUCCGUGCCGGCCCCGCGGUCAUCGGUAGCUCCUGUUUGCGCCGCGCGGUGGUAUUCCACCUCGGAUAGUUCCCGUAUAUAUGAUUUGUUGUCUAGUCACCUCGGUCGCUGGUGUCGAGGUUGCGUUCCGUCCUGUGGGCUGUCGGCCGGCCUGUCAGGGUCGCCCUGUCGGCUGUCUGUCGGGGUCGCCCUGUCGGCAUGUCGGGGCCGCUCGGGGUCACCCUGUCGGCCGCUCGGGGUCGGUCUGUCGGGGUCGCCCUGUGUCGGCCUGUCGGGGUCGCCCUGUCGGCUGUCUGUCGGGGUCGGCCUGUCGGGGCCGCUCGGGGUCGCCCUGUCGGCCUGUCGGGGUCGCCCUGUCGGCUGUCUGUCGGGGUCGGCCGCUCGGGGUCACCCUGUCGGCCUGUCGGGGUCGCCCUGUCGGUCUGUCGGGGUCGCCCUGUCGUCCUGUCGGGGCCGCCCUGUCGGCCUGUCGGGGUCGCCCUGUGUCGGCCUGUCGGGCCGUUCGGGUGCCGUGCCAUGCAUUAGUAGCUCGGCGUGCUCCGGCCGACCGCCGGCCGUUUUAAGUGGUGUCCUGUGUUUGCCGGGUGGCGAUUGUUUGGCGGUCUGUCGCCUGCUGGGCUGGCUCGGGAGUGGAGGGGGCGGGACGGCAGUGGGCGGACCCCGUGGGGACUCGGCAGCGCCCCUGUGUGUGUGUUAGUGUAUACAGUGCGGUCGCACCGAGUGUUACGGCCGUGUGCUGGUUCAUAUUGUUAUACAUCCAUAUUGCAUCAUACCGAAUCUGACAAUAUAUAACUGAUGAGUAACAGACGUAUGAA